AUGUCAACUGGCGGUCAAGAUGCGUCUUUGUUGAAAGUCGGAAAAGCUAAACGACGCACUAGAGCAGCAUGUCCACGCUGUAAUCUUCAUAAAAUCAAAUGUCUCGGAGACACACCGCCGUGCAGGUCUUGUGUUCUCUCUGGGAACGAAAAUACCUGCUACUUUCCCUCCCGACCACGCAAGAUCACAAUGCUGGAUACCGACGUCCAGCGAUUAGAACAACGCAUUGCUCAUUUGACUGCUGAAUGCUCUCGGCUAAGAAGUAUAGCUGCCUUGUCAACCCCGGGUAUAAAACAGAAUUUAAAAAGUGCUUUGGGAUCGGGCCAAGCACCUGACGAAUCAGAGCUUUUCACCUCACCUGAACAGAUAACCGUCGAAUCUAGUGUUGCGCAGAACUCAUCAUGUCAAGUUUUUGCCACUGCGUUACAAGGUUGCUUGCACGAUUUAGAGACUUCACAGCACCAUGGGGGCUCCUUGAAAAUUCCAAAGAAGACAGCGCUCCCCGUAACCAACGAACAGGGCAAAAAGCAUUUGCAUCUGGAUGACAAGGCAUUAAAAGGCACAGUUGUGACUGCAAUUCAAAAUCUGCCCGAACGAGAGCACGCUAUUAGUCUGGUGCGGUCGGUAUAUCGGUAUUUCGCAAGAGAGUUUGGGCUCUUCUCACUAAAGGAACUCGAAUUUCGUUUAGAGGAUACUUAUGCCAAUCCUAGCUCACAAACCUCUGGCUGGCUGGCCUAUCUAAUGAUUGUUUUAGCUGUUGGAGAACAAUAUGGAAAUCAGGUCGGAGAGAAAUAUACAGUUCCCGGUAUGGAUUUUUUUUUAAAUGCGCUAAAGUACUUCCACCAACCCAGUGAGGAACCCAAUUUGGACUCCGUGAGGACGCUGAUCUUGAUCGCUUUUUAUUCUCAGGGGCUCAAUCGCAUGAACUCGGUCUAUGCUUAUACGGGCCUUGCCCUUUCCACUGCUGUUGCUCAAGGAAUACAUCGACAGUCCAACAAUACCAAUUUGCCGCUGGAAGAGCAAGAGGCCAGGAAAAGAAUAUGGUGGACAGCUUUUCUCAUGGAUAGUUUGUGGGCAUCACGGCUUGGUUUGCUGCCCCAUUUCAAUAGUCGUGACGUUGACCUAGAACUACCAAGCGCAGAUUUCCGUCCGCAUAUAGAGUUUGAGCCAAAAUAUUUGAUUGCCAAUACAAAGCUUGCUCUUUUAAUUGGACCAAUAAUGAAAGAGGUUUACAAUUCCAGCUCUAACGAUUUGACUUACAACAUUUUGCGUAAUCUGAAAAGGCUUGAGGAGUUCUUUGACGGCCUUGAUCCCGAGCUGGGACGACAGCCUGACAUUGUCAAGGAAAAUAGAUCGAUAGUCAAUUUACAUUUGCGCUACAACCAAUUGAAGAUAAUCACGACUCGCCCUCUUUAUAUAGCCGUUUUGAAAAACUGGGAAAAUUUAGAGACCAAUUCGAUCAAAGGGGCCAUCUCGGAGUGCCUUAAGGCGGCAGUAGCAAACGUCAAUAUCAUGUCGGUUUUAUUUAACUCAGGAUGGUUUUCUAAUUUCGGGUUUUUGGAGGCCCAGUGCUGUUUUUCAACAAUACUGGUCCUACUUAUGGCCAAAGCUGAAGGAAAACCGUAUCCUGAAUUGUCAACAGCGGUAUCUUUGAACCAAUAUAUGUGUGAAGCUGGAAACAUAACGGCGGUAGACAAUUACUGUCGACUACGGGCUUUUGGUGAUAUUGUACCAGGGCUUGAUAUUGGCACAGGGCCUCCAGAAGCGAUUCAAUCCUUAGAUAAUGUCAUCGAUCAGCGUGGAGGAGUUCAAUCAGCUGAGUCGGCCUGCUGGCAACUAGAUGUUAGCUAA